CUGAUACAUCUACACCUGUCACUGACUGCUCCUCGUGAAGAACUAAUGCACUUUAUCUCCCUCCUCACAUACUGAAGAUAUCCACACAUGGGACUGCCGAUCCGACAUCCGUGCGGUUCUUGAGAAGUCACAGCGGCGAUUUCCUCGUGUUUUGUCAUUAUUUACCGGGACAUUUUACAGAUGCGCUUUAUCAUGAACCUGUAAGGAUGCGACAGGACAUCUGAACCUCACCUAAAAUCUAAAUCUCGCUACUCGCAACUAUGCCGAAAAGAAAUCUGUCUUGAUACAUCUGGAAACCGCAGGAUGCAAAAGAAGAUUUUCGCACCUAUUUGAACAUGGAUCUCCCAUCAUAACGCGGAUUACAGUAGGACACCACAUGCACCCCUGAAUCUCGUUAUUAUAGCCUGUAUUAUAUUGUGGCAAGUGCUUUAGGUAUAAAGAUGAUCCUAUUUCGUAAAUUUCGCGUGUUGAUUUUAAUGGUGUUUCUCGUCGCCUGCACCAUGCACAUCAUGAUAGACCUGUUACCCAAGCUGGAGAAGCGCGCGGCGGGAUCGAGCUCCAGCGCUGGAGGUGGAGGCGGCUGCUCCUGCGCUCACACACCGGGCGAGGAGCCUCGAUCCUGGGCCAAACAGCGCGCCAGAGCCGCCGCCGCCGAACCGGGCUGGCCUAAUAAACACUCUUUGAGAUUACUGCAGGAUUUCAGCAAUGAACCCAACUCCAAUCUCACUUCACACUCACGGGAGAAGGUGACGGAGAGAGCUGAGUCUGAAAAGAGAGUGAGACAGCUGCAGCUGGGCUCGGAGAAGCGGGGUUUAAUGAGAGAUACGGUGAAGCAGAGAGCUGUCCAGGGUUCCUCCAGACUGAAGGCGCUCUAUGAGCAUCCCCUCUAUAAAACCGACCUGCCUCAUCUCUCUGAAGAUGACACCUUGUUCAACCUCAACAAUGAUAUCAGAUUCUACCCCAAAGCUGCCGGACAACAAGAAUGGCAUAACGAGGGGAACGUUGAGGAGGAGGAGUACAGUCCGACAGGGGAGGCCACUGCUGAGUCAUAUCCCAACUGGCUUCGCUUCCACAUCGGGAUUAACCGAUACGAGCUCUACUCCAGACACAACCCCAUCAUCGGCGCCCUGCUGAAGGACCUGGUCUCCCAGAAGAUCACCAGCGUAGCUAUGAAGUCAGGUGGCACUCAGCUGAAGCUCAUCAUGUCAUUCCAGAACUACGGACAAGCCCUGUUCAAACCUAUGAAACAAACCAGGGAACAAGAAACACCCCCAGACUUCUUUUACUUCUCUGACUUUGAGCGACACAACGCAGAGAUCGCUGCAUUUCAUCUGGACAGAAUCCUGGAUUUCCGGAGAGUUCCCCCGGUGGCCGGCAGGCUGGUGAACAUGACACGGGAGAUCCGAGACGUGACCCGUGACAAAAAGCUCUGGCGGACAUUCUUCGUAUCCCCAGCCAACAACAUCUGCUUCUACGGCGAGUGCUCCUACUACUGCUCCACAGAACAUGCCCUAUGUGGGAAGCCCGACCAGAUCGAGGGCUCCCUGGCUGCAUUUCUUCCUGACUUGGCACUAGCUAAGCGCAAGACCUGGAGGAACCCCUGGCGCCGUUCCUACCACAAACGCAAGAAAGCUGAGUGGGAAGUGGAUCCGGAUUAUUGUGAUGAAGUCAAACAGACUCCUCCGUAUGACCGAGGCACAAGACUCCUGGACAUCAUGGACAUGACUAUUUUUGACUUUCUAAUGGGCAACAUGGAUCGCCACCAUUAUGAGACUUUUGAAAAGUUUGGAAAUGAGACUUUCAUUAUUCAUUUGGACAACGGCAGAGGAUUCGGAAAGCAUUCACAUGAUGAAAUGUCCAUCCUGGUCCCUUUGACUCAGUGUUGCAGAGUGAAGAGGUCGACGUACCUGCGGCUACAGCUGUUGGCAAAAGAGGAGUUCAAGCUGAGCUCUCUAAUGGAGGAAUCGCUACUGCAGGACCAGUUGGCACCCAUCCUCAUCCAGCCCCACCUGGAGGCCAUGGACCGCCGCCUGCGCCUGGUGCUCAGGGUGCUGGCCGACUGCGUGGAGAAAGAAGGCUUUCCAUUAGUGGUGGAGAAUGACCUGGACAGACAGCCCUCCUCGCACCACCACCAGGCGCACGGAGGGAGGUAGUGAGGCCUGAACCUCGGUUCCCGCCAGUCAGUCCCCCAGCAUGAGCCCCACCGAGGCUUGUGCUCAAGUCACACUCUGAAUUCAGUGAAUUCCACAACUAGCCACCAAUGCCUCUGAGGAGCCACCCUAUUGUGUGUGUAGAUGCAGAACUCUGGGACGAAGACGUUGUUUCUGGAUGGCUGAGGCUUGUGUUUGAGCUGUGCUCGGAGCUGCAGUACACACUUUUCUGUUGCAUCCUGAUUUGUUUGACAAGUCUGCUGAUAUAAUUUAUUACAUUUGCAUAUUUUGAGUUGGCGAGUGUACAGACGAGUUGGAACCAAAAGCUGAUUUUGGUACUCAGAUCUAUAUAUUCAAAUACACAACUGUGCUCAUGUAGGUCUUCGACAUAAGGGCACGUAAACGAGCUUUAAUGAUAGUACUGCAGUGCAGUACUACUGUGCAAGGACACUUAAACACAUCCUCCCCUGUGCGUUCACAAUUCCACAUCAUUUCCUGCCAUCUGAACUAAGCCAUCGUUUCAAUUGCACAUUGUGCCAUCAAGCCUUCAAUCAUCGUGUCAGAUUCGGCACGUUUGUUAUUUCACUUAGGGAAAUUCAGAGGUGAAGUGCAUACUUCAUUUGAGGUUAUUCAGUUAUGAAGCACGUUUAAACAUCUCUGUGGAGAACGAGAGAAUCACGCUGAUUGGUUCUUCAGGUGUCCUGUGCCCGCAGUCAGUGUUUCUCAUCUCAGGCCUCAUGCUGAAUACACCUGCUCUCUCUUAAUGAGAACCUUAAGGACGGGCUGAUGCUAUGCUAGCGGAAGUUCAUAAUGAUGUUAGUCGUACUUCACGCUGCAGGUAUCUCGAGUCUCAUCUGGUGGAGUGAUUUCACUGCUUGAUUAUAGAGUAGGGCACAGGCUCGAGGGAAUGAAACAAACCAAUCGGUCCUAACCAGGAAACAACAAACGAUAAGUUCUUUCAUCUUAAAAUGAGUUUUUGACCUAACCAGUUGACAAACAAUGGCCAACGAGACCAGGGAAGUCCAAACCUCCUCCUGGAGGGCCACUGUCCUCCAACGUACCACAAAACACCUGCCUGGAUGUUUCUAGCAGGCCUAAAUAGCUUGAUUAGCUGGCUCAGGUGUGUUUAAUUAGGGUUGGAGCUAAACUCUGCAGGGCCGUGGCCCUCCAGGAGCAGGACUGGACACCUCUGGAUAAGAUAUUUUGGUUGGUUUCUGUUUCUUGUUUUUUAGUUUUGCUAACAGUGAACUCUCACUGGUCUGAAAUCCUGCUCUACAUGUUUGUGUAUUAUGCUGCGUUCCAUUCAGUCAGACGUGGGAUCUGAUCUCUCAUUCAGAGCAUAGCAAACCAAAUGCUCCCGCCGGUGUUUCAUGGUCUAUGAAGGUGUUUCCUAGAAAUCCGUUUGGGGAGGUUACAUCAUGGUACUCAGUGCAAGCAUUUGUUGUUCUGUGAUUAUUAACAGAGAGGAUCAACCACAGUGUUUUGCACACCUGUUUCUCUGGUUUUAUUAUCAUGAAAUAUGGGAACUUGGACUCAAUAAUGCAUUAACUUACAAUCGAAUGUUUAGCAUUAACUGUGUAUAUCUCCCUGUGUGCUGCAGUGUUAGCGUGAUCAUACAUCCAUAUCUACUCUACACAAAUGUGGCGUUCCAUUGCACUUCUCCAAAUAUGAUUUUAGACAUUUUGACUUUCGGAGUUGGAUAGAAUGCAUGUAUGUUCUGGGGCUGGAUUCAUGAAAAUCUUCUUAAGAUAUAAUGAUGUAAUUAAUGAUUAAUAAAAAUGAGUUCCCUAUUUGGGUCAUUUUUGUAGAGGUGUUACUGAAUUUCUAAUUCAGUAAAAAGUCACGUCACGUAUAAUUAUGACCGAACAUUGUUUAUCAAUCAGUGGUGUCUUACAGUAUAUGGAUAUUAUAAGUUAUUUUAAGUAGCAAAAGUGUUAUGUUGAAAUGCUUAAUAUUUAACACAACUUACCUUUGGGAAUUUAAGAUAAGAUGGAGGUUAUCCAAACUUUAAACAGUAGUUUAUAAAAACAUUAUUUUCAGAAAUUGAAAUUCUUCAAGUUUUGUCUGUUGAACAGAAAACCAACAAGAACAUUCUUAAGAAAUGUUUUUGGGGUUGCCUUGUGGGCAGCACGCAACUUACAGCGCCGUUGCGCUACGGGCGUCCCGAGUUCGAAUCCCGACUCGAAGACCUUUCCCGAUCCCGACCCCCCCUCUAUCUCCCACUUCGCUUCCUGUCAACUCUGAUCUGUCCUAUCAUAAUAAAGGCAAAAAUGGCAAAAAAAAUAAAAAAUUACCUUUUUCUUAGGUUAUAAAGUAAAAAAUAAAUAACAGUUAAGAAGAACAUUACUCUUAAGAAUCAUUCGUGAAUCCAGCACUGAUUAGCAAAUUACUUGCCUGUGGAAAGUGGUUAUAGGACAUGGUGUAAUGCUGAUAGAUCGUUUUAUAAUAGGACAUAAUUUCCUUCCUACUGUUUUGUUUUGUUUUGUUUUUCAGCGUUACUCACAUAUACUGAGCUUUCAACAAAAGUUAUUAUUCUCUUGCUCUGUAUAAAACAUGUUUUCAGCUCUCACUUAUUUUGUAUUGUGUAAACCAUGGCCAAAAAGGCAAUAGAGUGCCUUUUAUCUUUAUAGCAGUAGUGACUGCCACUUCCAGUCUCGUUCAUUCACUCAUACUCACGCCAUCACAUUUUAAAGAAGUUUUAGUUGGUCUCUAAAUGAACCUUUUGGAAGUAGUUGUAUGUUGUAUGUUAAAAGCUCACAUAGCUAUUUAUUAAGAGAGAGUACAUUUGUGAGGAAAUCUUGUUGGGUUUUAGGUCUUAUUUUGCAUUUGAGAUUUUUUUUUUUUUUUUUGUGUGCUUUAAAUGAAGUCCCUGUUCCUCACAGAUAUUGUAAAGAUGAUAGUAAAGUUUGAUAGUCUGACUGAUCUGUGUAAAGUGAGGGGCCACAUGUGUGUUUUGUGUUUAACCCCAGUGCCUGUGCAAUGCUCAAGAAACUUGAAUGUUUUGGGAUUAUUCACAAACGGACCUUUUAGUAGCCCACGGCCUGGACUCAAAGGUGUUUUUUUUUUUUAGUUGGCAGUAAGUAAUUGGUCAAGGCUUCUAUUAGCCAAACAGACUUCAAAAUGUUCCCAAUACUCUCAGUGUUUCUGUACAUAUCUGUAAAUAUCAUACGUUGAUCCAAGAGGCUGUUUUCGGAGCAAAAAAAAAAUGCUACCGUUUUCUUUUCCUCUCUUAGGCAUUGUUACUGUGAAGAUCUGUUUGCAAAAUGAUAAAAGUGUGCAAUAAAUGAA